UGCCAGGUUAUGUAGUGGCCAGUGAGGCGGCGGCAAGAGAGCAGCGGUUGUGUGUUGUGUGAUUGUUAGAUCUGCUGCUGAAGGCAACAUUACCACCAUGUCGGGCUCGUCUCAGGGUUCGGUGACGGAGUAUGUGGUGCGGGUUCCAAAAAGUACCAAGAAGAAGUAUCAUAUGAUGCGGUUCCAUGCAGCCUUAGGAGUGGACUUCAAGACCUGGGCACACACCAAGAUGGAACGUGAGAACAACAUGAAGGAGUUUAAGGGACUAGAGGAAGAGAUGCCAAGGUAUGGAGCAGGAUCGGAGUUUGGACGAGAACAGAGGGAGGAGGCACGGCGUAAAAAAUAUGGCAUCAAUGUAAAAAAAUAUCGGCCUGAAGAUCAGCCAUGGAUCCUUAGUGUGGCCGGCAAGAAUGGCAAAAAGUUCAAGGGCAUCAGGGAGGGAGGUGUGUCAGAGAACUCCUCCUGGUAUGUGUUCAUGCAGGGGAAAGAUGGGGCAUUUGAAGCUUAUCCAGUGGAAGAAUGGUAUAAUUUCAAGCUUAUCCAGCGGUACAAAGCCUUGAGUGCAGAGGAGGCAGAAAGGGAGUUUGAAAGGAGAGAUAAAAUUAUGAACUACUUCUCUGUUAUGUGUCAGAAGAAGCUCAAGAAUGAGGGAGAUGAUGCAGCAGAUGGUGAGGAGGAAAGAAUAAAGAAGAAGGGCCCUUCUAGUAAAUCCUUGAUGUUGUCCGAGUUGGAUGACUGGAUGUCAGAUGAGGGAUCAGAUGCUGAUGAAGAGCGGGAAGAAGAAGAAGAGGAUGACAUGUCCAAGAAGAAAAAGAAGGUGCAGUCAAAGAGUAGAACACAACAAGGUGGGAAGAAAAGGAAAAAUGUGGAUGGAGACAGUGACGAAGACUGCUUUGAGGAGAGUGAUGAAUAUGAUGAUGGUGCAGAGCAUGAUUAUAUUUCUAGUGACUCAUCAGACUCUGAUGCUGAAAAUGAUGAAGUAGUUCGGAAAGAGCUUGUUGGAGUCGACCAAGCAGAUGCCCUCAAGAAAUUGUUGAACUCAGAUGAAGAAGAUGAGGAAGAAAAGGAGAAAGAGGAAGAAGAAGAUGAAGAGGAUAAAAAGGAGGGUGAGGAUAAAGAGGAAAAAGACAAGAAAAAGAAGAAGAAGAAGAAGAAAAAGGAAAAAAAGGCAGAAGUUAAUAAGGAAGAUUCAGAAGGGAAGAGCUCAGACACUAGUGCUGAUGAAGACAAUACUAAGAAGAAAAAGAAAAAUAAGGAUUCAGAGAGUAAGAAGGAUGGAGGGGAAGGAGGUGUUAAGAGGAAGUUAAAGGCUAAUCCAGCCGACCACUCAGCCAAGAGGCAACGUGGAGACAUUGCUGCAGGGAGCACAGGAGGUGGCACAUCUUCCCCCAUGGUGGCCUCAGGAAGUGACAGUGGAGUUACUGAGGAGGCAAUCCGAAGGUACCUCAUGCGCAAGCCCAUGACCACCACAGAAUUGCUCCAAAAGUUUAAGUGCAAAAAAACUGGUCUUAAUUCUGAUCAGCUGGUCCAUGCCAUUGCACAGAUCCUAAAGCGCAUCAAUCCAGCCAAACAGAUGGUCAAAGGCAAGAUGUACCUAUCCCUUAAGCAGUAGCUGUUAUCCUUUGGAGUAUAGAUGUACACAAGGUGAGAUGUAUUGCAUUUCUUUUGAAGGACAGGACUAUAUAGUACUAGGGAGUCUUGUCAUGUAAGUGGUGCAUUGGCAAAGGUAAUUUUGCCAAAGAUGGUAAAAUAUGAAUGCAGACAGUAAGGGGAGUCAUUUUUCAGGUUUACAGAUGACAAGUAAGAGAAAGUUAAGUGAAAUGUUAUCUUGGAUUUUGUUUUUAAGAACAAACUAAAUUAUGCUAGGAAUAAUGUGUGUUCAGAGACAGUGUUACCAUCCUUGAGGUUCUUAAAAGCAUGCAUCAGAUAUGCUUUCUGCAGAUCCUAAAACAUUUGUUCUUGCAAUAUUAAAUGAGGGGGCCUUUAUGUGAGUUACAUUUAAUUGGAAUUGUGAAUUAAUAAAAUCUGAGUAGGGAAAACAGACAUUCGAAUCAGUCAUUAUUGAGUAUAUAUCCUGUAUUUAUAUCCUGUCAUUUCUGUUUUGCUGACCUUUGCUUUUACCAGGUCAGAGUCUUGUCUUUACAUCCUUGACAGCAGAAAGGAGACAAGCUCACAUUGUCUCCACUCAACUAGAAAUUUGAAUCUGGUAUCUCUUGUUAGGUGAGCACAUGUAAGCCAUCACACCAGUGGACCAUCAUGGUGUAUAUUUACCUCGUGUAAACAUAUAAGGAAACCCUUUGUUGAAUCAUACCAGCGGGUAAUAAAAGUAAACAAAUAUUUAUUUCAUUG